AUGCGACGUCAGCCACCCGGCCGCUUCAUUGAAGCUUCACAGAAAACGAACGCGACGACCGCACUGAGCGCGAAUGCGAGCGAGAUCGGCGCUGACGCGGCGCGCGCGCCGUUUGACGCCCCGACACUCGACGAUGUUGCAGGCGCCGCGGAGGCAGAUGUCGGCGUUGUGCUGGUCGCGCGCGAGGUCGUGAGGCCGGACGCAGUGGCGGAGGCGCUGACCGUGAGCGUCGUGGGCGCGGCGCUGCCCAUCGUGAACGACGGCGACGCGCUCGCGCUCGCGGAGCCUGUGCUGGACACGGAGGCGCUGCUAUCCGACGCGGCCGAGCUGGGUGACGAGGACGCGGAUGCGGAUGUCGAAGAGGCAGACGCAGAUAUGGACGCGGACGCGGAUGCCGAUGUGCUAGACGCUCCCGGAGAGCUAGUGGCAGAUUGUGACGAUGAAGUGGAAGCCGACGCGGAGCCGGACGACGCGGCGGGCGAGGACGUCGACGGGGCGGGAACUGUAGAUGUGACGGAGACGGAGUUGGGUGGCGCGGAUAGGACAGAUGUAGGGACGGGGAUGGCGGAGACGUCGCUCGCGACGGGCGACGCGAGCGAGCCUGUCAUGGAGUUGAGUCUGUGCACGGUCAACAGUUGA